CGCUCUCCUCGCCCUCUCAAGCGCUACAUUUGGCGCCGCACGACAGCCAAAUGACAAUGGCGACGGUGAACAGGGCCUCCAUAGUAGUCACUACAGUGGUCAGUAGCAUACUGGCUAGCCGUGGCACAUCAUCGUACAUCACAAUGCCAUGUAUAGCGGGGCCAUCGAGAUGGGCAAACCAUCAAGCUCAACCACUCGCCGUCCCGCUCCUGCCACGGCGUCACUACGCCUCACGCAAGGCCGCCUCGGGAGACUUAGAUGACGACAGGGAUGAACAGCAUAUCCGAUCGGAAUGGGCCUCAGCUCUCGUCGCCCGUCAGCACAAAGGCCAACGUCCGGCUCAGUCUAGCCGCAGCUACGGCAGAAGGCAGGGUGUAUGAACAGGAAAAGAGUCCAUUCCCAUUACCGAUACCGAGGGAAGUGGCAAGAAGGGCUGCAAAGGAAUCGCCAUACUACGCUGCCUCGAGUCAGUCUCUCCUCGUCUCAAGCUCGCAGUCACGCUCACAAGAAGCCAACCUCGAGAAUGCCAUCGACAAGCUCUGCAACCAUCUCCACUCCCUAGCUGCGGCCGGUCUCGUGGGCGAGACGAGCUCCCAACAGCGUGAAAAGGUGCAACGUCUGGCGGAGAGAGAGAAGGGCAAGAUGAAGCAGUUGAAGCAGAAGCGGGCUGAUGUAAAGAUGGGUAGGAAGAAGAUCACAACGUGGGAUUGACGACAAAGGAAGGGUCGGUCUUCUUGAUUGUGUAGACAACAUAGAGCAUUGCACGGAUUACCGCGCCAAACCAUUGCUGUUUGUUCGUAGACCAAGCAGCCGCGUUGCUCCAC